UAGACAGCCGAACCCCAUCCUCCUCCCACUCUACAUUCCCAACCCUCCCCCUACCACUCAAAACCAAAACUCCUCCAUCGCCUCCGCCACCAUGGUUGAGAAAGUUUGCAGCCACCACAAGAGCAAGAAAAAGAAGAUCCUCCGCCGGUGCUGCGCCGGCCUCAUCAUCUUCAACUUCAUCCUCCUACUCCUCAUCCUCAUAAUCUGGGCUGUCCUCCAGCCCAAAAAGCCCCGCUUCACGCUCCAAGACGCCACCAUCUUCACCCUCAACGUCUCCGCCCCUAACGUCAUCUCCACCACCGUCCAGGUUACCAUCAACUCCCGCAAUCCCAACUCCAGGAUCGGUGUUUACUACGACAAGCUCGACGCCUACGCCACCUACCACAACCAGCAAAUCACCUACUACACCGUUAUUCCGCCGGUUUAUCAGGGCCACAAGGACGUCAAUGUCUGGUCGCCGUUUAUCUACGGCAACAACGUCCCCGUGGCGCCGUACAACGGCCUAGCCCUCAGCCAGGACCAAUCCAACGGCGCCAUCAGGCUGACGGUCAAACUUGACGGCCGUGUUAAAUGGAAAGUGGGGUCCUUCAUCUCCGGCCGCUACCACCUCCACGUCUCCUGCCCCGCCUAUAUUCCGCUAGGAAAUAGCAAGAACACCGGAAUCGUCGUCGGCAACGCAGUUAAGUAUCAGCUUUCACAGAGUUGUAGUGUCAGUGUGUGAAAAAUAAAAAAAAUAAAAUAAGCAAACAAAGAAAUGAAGAGGGAGAUGAUGGAGUUAAUUAAAUUAAAUAUUAGGAUAAAAUUAAAAGUUAAAUCGGGAUUUAAUGAUCCUAUUUCAGUUGGUUUAUUCAGCUUUGGGCUUUUGUUUCGUGCGGGGCAGAUUACAUAUAUAGACUGAUCAAGAACUGUACAUUCGGCUCAAAAUAAGCUACACUAUCAUAAACUGCAAAAGCUGAGACAGCUUAAAGCAAACAUUUGUAUGUUGUACAAGAUUUGUGUAUGAAUGAUUAAGCUAAUUAGCUGUGGAUUAUUUCAGCAAUUCUGCAAUAAUUGUUGAUUUAUUA